AGCCGGGAGAGAUGCCGCUGGCCACAACUGCUCCGACGCCGGCGCCGCCCUGUCCUCCGCCGAGUCCAGCAGCGGCACCAGUCCGGACGCAGCUCCUCUCCUCCGUCGCGAAGCUCGCGCUCACGGCCGCGCUCGUGUGCGGCUCUGGCGGUCCCGCUGCCGUCGUCGUCGUUCCGGCCGCCGCUCAGGCCGUCCCGUUCGUCCGUCCUCCUCCUCCUCCCCUGCAAGGAAGGCCCUUCGCCUCCUCCACUCCUUACGCGCAGUCCCAGAAGCUGCAGCUUGGCCUCGACAAGCUCGGAAAGAUCAGGCCAUGCCCGUCCACCAACCCGGGGUGCGUGUCCACCAACCCGCUGGGAUCCUCCGGCUCCUUCGCCUCGCCACUGCUCAUCCCGGAAUCAUCCGCAGGGGAGAAGACCGUCGCCUCGCUGCGGCAAGCCAUCGAGAAGACGCAGCGUAAUGUGGAGUUUAAGGUCGACGAAGACACUCCAUAUGGACACUACAUCGAGGCGGAGAUGGACGGCGGCGUCGGCCGGGACGUGAUGGAGUUCCUGGUGAAGAAAGACGCCGGCGUGGUGGCGUACCGGUGCAUGGCCACCAAGGUCACCUUCGUCUACCCCUUCACCACCGCUGUCGGCGACUCCAAGGGCCAGAAGCAGAGGAUCGCGGCCAUCUCGCAGGAGCUCGGAUGGUACGCCCCGGACAUCCAGUCCUCCAUGGACUCCGUCGACGACGUCAAUUACGUUCCGUGAAGAAUUAAGACCGUAUUACGAAUCGUCACUUCAUCGAUACGAUCGGGAGCAGAGCUAGGGGCGGAUCUGGUUGAUUUUGAUGCCGAUGGUUCUUACGAUAUGAGGCGUGUCCGUCUUCAGCUCUUUAUAAAAGGGAUUCAGCUUUUAGCUCCUCACGUGGAGCGACUUUUACAGUGAAAGGUGGUAGAGCUGUUCUGUAAAAUGUUUGAUAAAGAUAGGUCUACGAGAAGUCAGUUCUUUCGGCUCUGACUAAGAGCAUCUCCAACAACAAACCCUAAAAUAGAGUCCUAAAAUUUAAAAUAGGACCAUAUUUAGAAUGUUUAGGGUCUCAAAAGAAAUGUUUACUCCAAUAGUCAGGCCUUAAAUAAUGCUAUUUAAGAAAUAAAUCAUGAUAUUAGGAAAUAAAUGGUUGGAGAUUAAGUGGAAAUGAGGAUAGGGCUCUAGUAUAUGGGUACUAUAUUUAGGACCCGAGAGACCGAGCCCUAUAACCAUUUGAUGAAAUUUUAUAAAAUAGGGCCGCUGUUGGAAGGAUGUUUUAUAGUUUUGAGCUCUAUAUUUAAAAUAGGAUCAUGUUUAGAGUCUCUCUUGGAGAUGCUCUAAUGUUAAAAAAAAAACGGUUUCGGCUCCAGGACUCCUUUGUACAUUUUCUAAAUUAAGAGAACGUGAUAACAAAUUUUGUUUC